AUGUUUCGGAAAGGCAAAAAGCGCCACAGCAGUAGCAGUUCCCAGAGCAGUGAAAUCAGUACCAAGAGCAAGUCUGUAGACUCCAGCCUUGGCGGGCUCUCACGGUCCAGCACCGUGGCAAGCCUUGACACCGAUUCCACCAAGAGUUCAGGACAAAGCAACAACAAUUCAGACACCUGUGCAGAAUUUCGAAUAAAGUAUGUUGGUGCCAUUGAGAAACUGAAACUCUCAGAGGGGAAAAGUCUCGAAGGGCCACUGGAUCUGAUAAAUUAUAUAGAUGUUGCUCAGCAAGAUGGAAAGUUGCCCUUCGUUCCGCUGGAGGAAGAAUUUAUUAUGGGAGUUUCCAAGUAUGGUAUAAAAGUGUCCACAUCAGAUCAGUAUGAUGUUCUGCAUCGGCACGCUCUGUAUUUAAUCAUCCGGAUGGUGUGUUACGACGACGGUCUUGGGGCAGGAAAGAGCUUACUGGCUCUGAAGACCACAGAUGCGAGCAACCAAGAAUACAGCCUGUGGGUUUACCAGUGCAACAGCCUGGAACAAGCACAAGCAAUCUGCAAAGUUUUAUCCACUGCUUUCGACUCUGUAUUGACUUCUGAGAAACCUUGA